AUGCUGGGGACCUGCCUCAGACUCCUGGUGGGUGCUCUGUGGAGCGCCUGCAGCUGGGGCACUGUUAGAGCCUACCUGGACACCUCCCCACUGCUUGGCUCCAGCUGGGGCAGCCUGACCCAUCUGUACACAGCUACAGCCAGGAACAGUUAUCACCUCCAGAUCCACAAGGAUGGCCAUGUAGAUGGCACACCCCAUCAGACCAUCUAUAGUGCCUUGAUGAUUAGAUCAGAGGAUGCCGGCCUCGUGGUCAUAACAGGAGCCAUGACUAGAAGGUUCCUUUGUAUGGAUCUCAGAGGCAACAUUUUUGGAUCACAUCAUUUCAGCCCGGAGAACUGCAGGUUCCGUCAGAGGACUCUGGAGAACGGCUACGAUGUCUACCUGUCGCCGCAGCAUCACUACCUGGUGAGCCUGGGCCGCGCCAAGGGCCCCUUCCAGCCGGGCACCAACCCGCCGCCCUUCUCGCAGUUCCUGGCGCGCAGGAACGAGGUCCCGCUGCUGCGCUUCCACACCGCGCGGCCACGGCGCCACACGCGCAGCGCCGAGGACCCUCCCGAGCGCGACCCCCUGAACGUGCUCAAGCCGCGGCCCCGUGCCACGCCCGUGCCCGUAUCCUGCUCCCGGGAGCUGCCGAGCGCCGAGGAAGGCGGCCCCGCCGCCAGUGACCCACUGGGCGUACUGCGCAGAGGCCGCGGGGACGCGCGCGGGGGCCCCGGGGGCGCGGACCGCUGCCGCCCCUUUCCCAGGUUCGCCUAGGCCACCAGCCCCGGCGGCCUCAGCCUCCAUCCUCCAAUCGGCUCAGGCCACGUGCAAGGUUGGAAGGUUGGGGUGUCUGCUUCUCUCCUUUCCCUUUGGGCCUGAGAGUCACCUGCGAGGUCCCAGCCGGGCACCACCGUUUGGAAUGAAACCCAACAGUGGGAGGUGGGAGAAACGGCUCAGAGGUUAAGAGCUUGUGCUGCUCACGCAGAGGACAGUUCUCAGCACCCACAACUACCUGUAAUUCUAGCUCCAGGGGAAUCUGAUGCGUCUAGCCUGUUUGGGCACCUGCACUCACAUGCACAUACAUACCCACAUACACAUACACGUAAUUUAUAAUGUUAAUCUGUUUUAAAGACCCUAACAGUAAACUAGACACCUGGCUUUUAAUUUUUUUUUUUUUUUUUUUUGACUAACAGGUAUACUAGACACUUGGCUUUUAUUAGCCUGUCUCUUGCCUAGCAUUCUCGUCGAUCAAUUAGCAUUAAGAAACAGUGGUUCAGAGUUCACACCUUGAACACAGGGAAGAGGCUAUCUCUACAGCUUUUUGUUAUUGUUCUGGGACCCACACGGGUUUUUUAGUUGAGUGCCUUAAUGGAUUCACUGGGCAAGUCGAAAAAAACACUGAUGUCUUCUUUCUGGAAGAGCUUUCAAAAAAGAUUGGCAGGAGGCUGACAAACAGAUCCAAACACGCGGUGAACUGAAGCAUGUUCCGCAAAGCUCAGUCUCCCUGCAGAUUGAACACUCUGCCAGAUUCGCAGAACUAGUGCUGACCCCGCUCCGUCCCCAGCUCUCUGUGAUAGGACACAGAUAGCCCUGGCUUAGCAAAGUCCACCUUGCUAGGGAGGUUUGCGAAAUGCAAAUGCACGAACUCUUUCUGAAGAUGCAUUUUAGUGAAAGCCUCCACCAGCAGGCUGAGUUGUGAUGUAUUCUAGGUGAACUGUGAAAACAUGCCAGGAAAGGAAGAGUCCUUGAGACGUGGGGCUGCUCUAGGUUAGGUUUUCUGUGGACUGGGGGAGAGGGGGUAGAGGGGUGUCUUUUUUUUUUCUUUCUUCUAAGUGAAAUGGGAUCCAAUGGGUCUAGCUAGCAGGAGAGGUCUCUAGCAGGGGCUAACCCAGAAAUGGAGGCUACUCUUGGGAACUCUUAGGGCAUUAAAUGAAGACACUUUUCAGUCAUCCCAAAAACCCCGGGGCUGUCCUGGGGCGAGCAUAGCUUCACCAUGAACAGCAAGAAAGCAGGCUUUGAGGCUCUGCUCUCUUCUGAGCCUUAGCUGGUGAUAGACUUCAACAAAGGGCGCCCCUUCCUCCCUCUAUUUAAAGGAGUACCUGAAGAGUGCUCAUUCACACAACUUCGUGAUUUCCACUGUCUUCAUGUACACAGACGUAGAAAUGAAUCCAUUGUUUUUUGCUUGUCAGAGGAACGUCAGGCAAUGUGAAGGACCAGCUCCCACUCUGAAAUACUAAAACCGUCGACCAUAGUGGUAGAUGCCAUGUACCCCAAACCUUUUCUCCACUGGCUCUCAUUUCCUGUUGGGAAUAUUGGUCUGGACAGUAGCCACCAGAGGCCCUCCCACUGAGGCAAUUCUGUGGAAAAACCCUGAAAGGACUUGAGAAGCAAACUGGUCGUGAGCUCACAAGCUCAGCAGCAAGCACCAUGGGGCUUUCUUUUUCACAGAGCCAAGGUAACCUUGUAAUUUCUUAGGUCCCUUCGCAUGUGGCAAUAUUUAUUUAUUUAUUUGGAAGAUUUUUUUUGCCUAUCACUCUAUAUUUAUAGUUAUUUAUAAAAUGUAACGCCCACUUCUUUCCUUCUGUUUUAAAUAAAAAUAAAAUUUCUUUCA